CUGUGAGGCGGCGCAACGCACUGCUGCACUGCUCCGCCGCCGUCGCCGCCGCCGCCGCCGCCGCUGGCUUCCUCCUCUGGCGCCAUGCCGCAGAUGCGCGUCUCCAACUCUCCCAACCAGGAGUGCGCCCUCACCAACUGCGCCUUUCUCUCCGACGCGGACCACUCUCUCCUCGGACCGGGCGGCGAUGUCUACGUCGAGAUGGGAGGCUAUGUGCUGACGGCACGGGCGGACCGCCGCGUCGAGCCCGGCUGCGUCGCCCUCAACUCGAUCCACCGUGGGAUGCUCAGCGUCUCGAACGGCGCGUCGAUCGCCGUGGACGUCUUUUCGCCGUCAGCGGCGGAGAAGGCUGGCGCGGCGAUGGUGGUGUUCGAGGUGGACUACGUGCUGCGGCAGCGCGGGAGCGGCAGGGAGAUUGACGCCGGCGAGCUCUCCAAGGCCUUCCUCGCUCGCUUCGCGCUGCAGUACGUCACUGUCAAUCAGCCGGUCGUCGCCGAGUGGCAGGGCGACAACCUGAAGCUGACCGCCACGAGCCUCGAGGUGAUCCCGCUGGGGCAGGACACCGCGAAAGGCGCGCGCAGAGGCAUGCUCGGCCCGCAGACGCAGCUGCAGCUCCGGCCGGCGGCACAGUCGCCCAUCAAGCUCACGGGCGCCGCCGUCGAGGAGGCCGCAAAGACAAACAUCUUCCGCUCGGACUGGUCGUUCGAGGCGAUGGGGAUCGGGGGGCUCGACCAGGAGUUCUCCGACAUCUUCCGCCGCGCCUUCGCCUCCCGCAUCUUCCCGGUCUCGCCGCGGGUGUGGACAGGCAUGAUGCUGCACGGCCCUCCCGGCACCGGCAAGACGCUCAUCGCGCGCCAGAUCGGAAAGAUGCUCAACGGCAAGGAGCCCAAGGUGGUCAACGGGCCCGAGGUGCUGUCCAAGUUCGUCGGCCAGGCGGAGGAGAAUGUGCGCAAGCUCUUCGCCGAGGCGGAGGCCGAGUACGAGUCGCGGGGCGACGACUCGGACCUGCACAUCAUCAUCUUCGACGAGAUCGACUCGAUCUGCAAGCAGCGCGGCAUGCAGAGGUCGGACGCCGGCGUCGGCGACACGGUGGUCAACCAGCUGCUCUCCAAGAUCGACGGCGUGCACUCGCUCAACAACAUCCUCGUGAUUGGCAUGACCAACCGACUCGACAUGAUCGACGCGGCGCUGCUGCGGCCCGGCCGGCUCGAGGUGCAGGUCGAGAUCUCGCUGCCGGACGAGCACGGGCGGCACCAGAUCCUCUCGAUACACACCGCAAAGAUGCGCGAGAACAAGUACCUCUCGCCGGACGUCUCGCUCGAGGAGCUCGCCGCAGAGACGAAGAACUUCUCCGGCGCCGAGAUCGAGGGGCUGGUUCGGUCGGCAACCUCGUGGGCCUUCGGGCGGGAGGUGACGGUCGAGAACGUCAAGAAGGGCGCAAAGGCGGAGAACUUGCUCGUGACGCGGCCGGACUUUGACCGCGCGCUGGCGGGGCCGCCGCCCUGCUCUCGCAUCCUCGAGUACGGAGGGUCGCUGCCCCGCCUCAAAGAGACGAUGUCGGUCCUCAUCCAGCAGCUCCGCGCCUCGUCGCGAACCUCCCUCCUCUCCGUCGUGUUCGAGGGCGCCGCCGGCGCCGGCAAGACCGCCCUCGCAGCGCACAUGGCGCUCACGUCGACCUUCCCCUUCCGCGUCGCCACGCCGUGUGCCCUGCGCCUAGGCGUGCACGAGGCGGCAAAGGCGGCGCAGAUCAAAAGCGUCUUUGACGACGCGCACCGCUCCGAGCUCUCGGUCGUCAUCCUGGACGACCUCGAGCGGCUGCUCGACUACGCGCGGAUCGGGCCCCGCUUCUCGAACGUGGUGCUGCAGACGCUGCUCACCUGCAUCAAGCAGCCGCCCAAGAAGAAGGGGGGCAAGCUGCUCGUCCUCGAGUCGCUCGAGCUGCUCGACGCGUUCAACGUCAAGCUGUCCGUAGAACCGCUCGACGCGCCGUCGGUGCUGCGCGCCCUCGGCCAGCUCGGCGUCACCAACGCGGCGGAGCUGCAGCCGAUCCUCGGCUCCCUCGCCACCGGCGUGCCCAUCAAGAAGCUGCUGCUCGUGCUCGAGAUGGCGAUGACGGCCGACCGGCGGGUCGACCCGGCGAGGUUCACAGAAACGCUGCAGCACGCGGGCAUCCUCGGUUGACGCACAGGACCACAGCAGAGCGCUCUUGUCCGUCACCACCCACUACAGCACCCACGGACGGGCACGGCCGCCGCCCUUGUGCCUUGAGAAUGGGGCGGUGCGAGCCAAAAAAAACGCAAGACUACAAC